AAUCAACUGAUCUUUCCUGAUUAUCGAGUUCCGCCGAAGUGACGUACCGUUCUGGCGCUCACGAGCUGCGGAUCUGUCAGCUCUCUGAUGCGGCGUUUCCAGUGAGAAGUCUUACAAAUAUUUCCAACUGGGGUACGAUUGUGAUAUGACUCUGGUCCCUGGCACACGAGAGAGUGGCAUAAAAGCGGCGACCAAGGCAGAGAGAACCAUCAUUUCGUGAACGAGUUGCAAUGUUCUCUCCCAAAGUCUGGUUCAUAACGGGGACGUCGUCAGGAUUCGGAAGAUGCAUGACAGAGUACGCCCUCAGCCAAGGAGAUAUCGUGGUAGCAACCCUCCGCAAACCAGAAGUCCUAUCCGAUCUCGCAGCUCGGUAUUCCGCAGACAAGCUCCUCGUACUCAAAGUCGACGUCACGAAGCAAGAAGACAUCGAUCAUGCGUUCGCUCGCACCCGUGAGGUGUUUGGACGGCUGGAUGUGGUUUUCAAUAAUGCGGGCUACGGGCUUUUCAUGGAGGCGGAAGGCACGCCUAUUGAUAAAGCGCGUGAGAUGUUCGAGACGAAUUUUUGGGGCUCGACGAAUGUUAGUCGUGCUGCGGUCAAGUUUUUUAGAGAGGUGAAUGAACCUGGGAAGGGGGGAAUACUUCUCCAAGUUAGUUCGGCUGUUGGCUUAAAUCCGCUUCCUGGAUUGAGUUAUUAUGCUGCGACUAAAAAUGCACUGGAGGGUUUCUCGGAGGGCCUAGCGAAAGAGUUGCCGCCUUCAUGGAACAUAAAGAUCUGCAUAAUCGGACCCGGUGCUUUCCAUACAAAUGGCAUCAACGGAGUGGUGUUACCGCAACAUCCAGUAUACGCUGACGAGUCCUUUGCGACUUCCGUGAUGCGUCGCACAAUAGACGGCGCUGUGUUGGAAGGAGAUGCGAAAAAGUUCGCGAGGACUGUUUAUCAAGUUGUGCAAGAGGAAAAGAUACCGCAGCGGUUGCCGAUGGGCUUGGAUGCGAUUGAGAUGCUGACGGCUAAGAUUGACAGUUUGAAGGCAACUGUGGCUGAGACUGCGGGGUGGUCGAAGGAUCUGAAGCGAGAGAGUGGAGGAGUGGGACCCAUCAUAUGAGCUACUCUCAUUGCAGUUGUGCGUGCGUUCGUGUUAUGUUGGCAUUGUAAUAUAGAUUUUGCGUCGAUGGUUAAUGAAACGUUUGCACGCAACAGUUAGUGU